AGGUCACUGAUCACUUGAACACUAGCCUGGUGUGCUCCUGAAGAUGAUCCCUCUAUCUUAUCUGACUUAAAGUGGGUGUUCUAGAAAACGCUCUGUGUGGUGUUACAAGAAAGAUGCAGAACUGAGGGGAACUAUCCAUCCUCCCGGCCCAGUGAAGUGUGAGACUAAAUAGCGUGUCGUGAGGAAAAGGGGAGAGGGACGAUGGGGUUCGGACGGGACCUGGGGAACUCGCACGAUGGGCUGUUGAAGCUGCAGGACUGGGAACUGAAGCUGCUGGAGACAGUGAAGCGCUUCAUGACGCUACGGGUGAAGAGCGACAAGGAGUACGCCUCUCUCCUCCUCAACAUCAGUCAGCAGGUGGACAAGCACGACAACUGCUCCCAGAUGGACUACAUCAGCAACGUCUCCAAGUCUUGGGCCCACAUGGUCCAGCAGACAGAACAGCUGAGUCAGAUCAUGAAGUGUCACGCGGAGGAGCUGAACUCUGGCCCUCUGCACAGACUCACUAUGAUGAUCAAAGACAAGCAGCAGGUUAAGAAGAGCUACCAGAGCAUCCACACACAGAUCGAGUCCGAGAUGAACAAGGUGACAAAAAGCGACCUAGAAAAGUUAAAAGGCACCUACAGACAAUUAACAAAGGAUGCCCACAGUGCCAAAGAAAAAUACAGAGACGCAAUGGUGAAAGGCAAGGAGCCAGAGAAGGCGAGGGAGCGCUACGACAAGGCCACCAUGAAGCUUCACAACCUCCACAACCAGUACGUGCUGGCGGUGCGGAGUGCCCAGCUCCACCAGGAGCAAUACCACAACACCACGCUGCCCCUCCUGCUCGACUCCCUGCAGAAGAUGCAGGAGGAGAUGAUCAGUGCACUGAAGGGGAUUUUGGAGGAAUACAGUGAAAUCACCAGUCUCUUAACUGAUGAAAUAGUGAAAGUCCACAAAGAAAUCCACACCUCCAUCGACCAAAUUGAUCCUGUGUCAGAGUAUGAACACUUCAUUGAGGUUCACAGGUCUCCAGAAACCAAAGAACCAAAUGUAGAAUUUGACCUUUCACUGUUGGAGGAAACCGAGAAUCUUCAAGCAAACGAGAUCCUAUGGAACAAUUUGACUGCAGACAGUUUACAAGCGAUGCUGAAAUCCACAUCAGAUGAGCUGGGCCUCACUCAGCAGAGCCUACGCACCAAGGAGGAUCUCAUGCAAGACUUGGAAAACAAGCUUGAUGAGUCCACCAAAACAUGUGAAAAGAAGUCAGAUGCGGUGCUGCUGCUCAGUCAGAAGCAGUCUCUGGAGGAGCUGAGGCAAACGGUCCAGUUGUUACGCUGCACAGAAGCCAAGCUGGGCGCCCAGAAGGACCUGCUCGACCACAAGAUGCAGGAGAACGAGGGCAAAGAGCCUCCCCCCAUGGUUAACUACGAGGACGACGCGCGCUCCGUCAACUCCAUGGACAAAGGCAAAGACAGGACAUCAAAGUUUGACACCUUACGUCAUUCCUUAGCCGGCAUCCUCCGCUCUCCCAAAUCAGUCCUUGGCUCAUCAUCGCAGUUUUUCGACGUGAUCCCAACUAGUGAGAAGCCCCUGGGGGACCAGGAGUGGUACCACGGGGCCAUCCCCAGGACCGAGGCCCAGGAGCUGCUCAAAGAGCAGGGAGACUUCCUGGUCCGGGAGAGCCACGGCAAGCCUGGCGAGUACGUCCUGUCUGUCUUCUCAGAGGGACAGCGGAGACACUUCAUCAUCCAAUUUGCAGACAACCAGUAUCGUUUUGAAGGCACUGGCUUCCCGACCAUUCCUCAGUUAAUUGAACACCAUUACACUUCAAAGCAAGUUAUUACCAAGAAGUCUGGGGUGGUGCUUUUAAACCCAGUCAUCAAGGAUAAAAAAUGGAUACUCAACCAUGAGGAUGUUACUCUUGGAGAGCUUCUUGGCAAAGGCAACUUUGGUGAGGUAUUCAUAGGAACAUUGCGGGACAAGACUCCUGUGGCAGUCAAAACAUGUAAAGAGGAUCUUCCACAGGAGCUGAAGAUUAAGUUCCUAUCAGAAGCCAGGAUCCUCAAGCAAUAUGACCACGCAAACAUUGUGAAGCUGAUAGGCGUUUGCACACAACGACAGCCUAUUUACAUUGUGAUGGAGCUAGUGUCAGGAGGGGACUUCUUGUCGUUUCUCCGGAAGAAGAAGGAAGACCUGAAGACCAAACAGCUGGUGAAGUUUUCUUUAGAUGCUGCUGCAGGAAUGGCUUACCUCGAGCUCAAAAACUGCAUCCACAGGGAUCUGGCGGCUAGGAAUUGUCUGGUGGGAGAGAGCAACCUGCUGAAGAUCAGUGACUUUGGGAUGUCAAGACAAGAGGACGAUGGGAUCUACUCGUCGUCUGGCCUCAAACAGAUCCCCAUCAAGUGGACGGCUCCAGAGGCUUUGAAUUAUGGGAGAUACAGCUCGGAGAGUGAUGUGUGGAGUUUUGGCAUCCUCCUAUGGGAAACGUUUAGUCUAGGAGUGUGUCCUUACCCAGGGAUGACCAACCAGCAGGCCAGAGAGCAAGUGGAGAAAGAUUACAGAAUGUCCUGUCCAACAAAGUGCCCUGAGGAGAUUUACAAAGUCAUGCAGAAGUGCUGGGAGUACAAACCUGAAAAUCGGCCAAAGUUUGCCGACCUUCAGAAAGAACUGGCCUCGAUCAAGAAGAAAUAGCAACCUGGUAGGGGAAGGUGGACCAGGUCAUGACCCCCUUACAACCUGAGAGAAACACCACAGAACGUUACAGCCUUGAUGCUACUUGUCGUGAUUGUACUCACGGUGUAUACUUUGUCACAAAAUCACUGUGUUAUUUGCCUAGGCAACUGUUUUGAGCCAUUAUCAAGGAGAGAGAUCUCUGCUUAGCUUGGAUCAUUGUCAAAAUAUGACAGUAUUAUUAUUUUUUUAAACCUGGUGUUCCUUUAUUUCUAUUCCUUUCUCUUACUGAACCUCUGCAACUGAAGGUGUUUUGAGACAUAACCACACAAACAUGUGUACAAUAGAUACAAUUCAUCAUGCUCCAUUGCACAUAUGACUUCUGUCGUUUUGCUAUUGGUCAUCACUCGGGCAUAGCCACGAUAAUGAGAAAUGUCACAAUUUUUAGUUUUUUUUAGGGCCCUGAGUUUGGUCCUGUUAAGGUUAGAUGAGUAAUAUGACUUGAAAAUGCCAAGGAGUCUGGCACUCCGUAGAGACAGAUGGGGUUUGAGAACCAGUUCCUACCCAAGGACAUAACAGUUUAUACCAAAGGGUAUAGUGUCCUGUUUUUGUCCCGAGCUUGACUUUUCCACAUUCAGCAAUAACUAUUUUCUUCUUCCUCUAAAGUCUUAUUGUGAUGUGACAGUUUGAUUUGAGAUCUGUGAAUCAUUUCUGUCCAAAGAUUUCCUAAAGUAUUCUCUUCAUGCCCACUAUUUAAUGUAGAAAACCUUUGAGUUUAACGUACAAGGAUAAGUGCAAUUUGUGACACCCUUUUCCUAUAAUUGUUUGGUCUUUGUGAUGUAGAAAUAUUGCAGUAAGGCCAUUUAUUUAGAAUUAAUAUAAUUUUACUUAUAAUUCUUAAAUGUUUCAGACCCUCCAGAAUGCUGACUAUUUUCUACAUUUUAGUCUGUUACAAGCUCAAUACUCAUAAUUUGACAAUUAGAAUGUACCAUAACUGUACUAUCUGACUUAGCUACGAGAGUUUUAAGGAGCUCCAUUUUUCAUGCAUUCAUUUUUGUGGUAUUUUUUUACUUCGAUUUAAAAAAUUAAAAAACUACUGUUCUAAAUUGUUGAUAGACAAUUGAACAGUGAUAGCAAUGAACAGUGAACUUGUUUUCAUUAAGUAUACUUAUGGCCAGGAGUUGUAUCUGACCAUGCGACAUGACCAAGAGAGAACUCUGGGGCCUAGUCUAUACCUAUGGUCUAGUUUUCCUGGCAAGGUAAUUCUCCGUUCCCUAAUAUAGUAUUUUCGCUAUUCCAGCCACUCCUGGAUGAUGUCAUUUCUCUGAGGGUGCCAUUUGUGCUGACAGCCCAAGCGUGUCUUCAAAAGCAUCUUCUGUGAAGUAACACGUCCACAUCCAUCCAUCAGUUUCACUCCUAUUAGAAUGAUGGAACUCUUGUCUUUCAAAAAACAUUCCUCCUGUAUUUUGUAAAUACUUGUAGAUGCUAUAACUUUUAUUUUAUGCAAAUGUAGGUCACGUUUUGUGUGUAUCUCUAUUGGAAGUGUUUCUUCCAAUGAUGUAUUCGAUAAAGAAAACAUUGUCUGUUUUGCUUCUGAAUCUGCAUGGAUUGUUUGUAAAUUUUUAGUGUAUGUAUAAAAGAUUUUUGGAAAAAUCCUCUUUCCUAUCUAUUAUACAAUGUCUCCUGCUCAUCUAUCCUGUAUCCUCAUCUUACUGUGUCACAAAUUACACCCUAUAUAGUGCACUAAUAUGCCAAAGGUAGUGCACUAAUAUGGCGAAUAGGGUGUCAUUUGAGACAGACUUUGGUUCGUUGACAGGAGUACAUUUUUCUUCUUAAUUUCUCCAGUCAAAUGACCUCCUGAUAUUUAAAAUGUUUUUGCAUUCCAGACAACCUAGCAAGAGAAAGGUGUAGAAUGAAUAGGCGAAGGGAGCUUACAUCUUAACUACUGGUUGAUGAGCACAAGAUAUUUCUGUUUAACACGUUUGAAAGGCAUACACUUUUUUCAGUAACUCUUAUUUAUUUGAGACACUUAAAUACUAUCAUGAGUAUUUUAUAUUCAUUUGUCUCCUGUUAGUGUAUUAAAAUAUUUGCCAGUAUUUUCUUUUUAUAGAAUUUGUUCUAUGGUUUAAAAAAAUAUAUAUUUGUAUUCUUCUCAUGCGAAGUGACCAAGUCUAGAUUUCCCCAUGAGUAGUUGAAAAAUCUGCUCUACAUUACUGGCCAAUAUAUGAUACAGACCAUUAUUACACUUGUGUUGAAUGGAAUUGUCAUUCAGUUUGUCACUCAUUUGUUUUUGAGUGAAAGUGUAUUUAAGCUUCACAAUUCAAUGUGAAAGUAUUGUGCUGCAUUAACAUUAGCAUUCUGGUAUGUACUCCAAGGCCAGCUUCACAGCAUUUCAAGGUGCAGUUGCUUCGAAAAGUAUUCAGACCCCUUGACUUUUGACAUUGUUACAUUACAGCCUUAUUGUAUAAUGGGUUAAAUCAAUCUCAGCAAUCUACACACAAUAACCCAUAUUAACAAAGCAAAAACAGGUUUUUAAAUGUUUUGGCCAAUUAUAAACAUUAUUAUAUAAGUAUUCAGAUCCUUUGUUAUGAGACUUGAAAUUGAGCUCAGGUGCAUCCUGUUUCCAUUGAUGAUCCUUGAUUACUCUACAACUUGGAGUCCACCUGUGGUCAAUUCAAUUGAUUGGACAUGACAUGGAAAGGCACAACCGUGUAUAUAAGGUCCCACAGUUGACAGCAAAAACCAAGCCAUGAAGUCGAAGGAGUUGUCCGUAGAGCUCAGAGACAGGAUUGUGUUGAGGCACAGAUCUGGGGAAGAGUACCAAAACAUAUCUGCAGCAUUAAAGGUUCCCAAGAACACAGUGGCCUCCAUCAUUCUUAAAUGGGAGAAGUUUGGAACCACCACUCUUCCUAGAGCUGGCCUCCCGGUCAAACUGAGCAAUCAGAGAAGGGCCUUGGUCAGGGAGGUGAUAAAGAACCCGAUGGUCACUCUGACAGAGCUCCAGAGUCCCUCUGGAGAUGGGAGAACCUUCCAGAAGUACAACCAUCUCUGUAGCACUCCACAAGUCAAGGCUUCAUGGUAGUGGCCAGAUGGAAGCCACUCCUCAGUAAAAAGCACAUGCCAGCCCGCUUGGAGUUUGCCAAAAGGCACCUAAAAUAUUCUUAGACCAUGAGAAACAAGUCUCUGGUCUGAUGAAACCAAGAUUGAACCUUUUGUUCUGAAUGCCAAAUGUCACGUCUGGAGGAAACCUGUCACGAUCCCUACGGUGAAGAAUAGUGGUGGCAGUAUCAUGCUGUGGGGAUGUUUUUCAGCCGGCAGGGACUGGGAGACUAGUCAGGAUCGAGGGAACGGAGCGAUCCUUGAUGAAAACCUGCUCCAGAGUGCUCAGUAACUCAGACUGGGCCGAAGGUUCACCUUCCAACAGAACAACGACCCUAAGCACACAGCCAAGACAACGCAGGAGUGGCUCCCGAACAAGUCUCUGAAUGUCCUUGAGUGGCACAGCCAGAGCCCGGACUUGAACCUGAUCAAACAUCUCUCCUGAGAAUAGCUGUGCAGCAAUGCUCCCCAUCCAACCUGACAGACCUUGAGAAAAAUGGAAGAUACUCCCCAAAUACAGGUGUGCCAAGCUUGUCGCGACACUCAAGGCUGUAGUCGCUCCUAAAGGUGCUUCAACAAAGUACUGAACACUUAUGUAAAGUUUAUAAAUUAGCAAAUAUUUCUAAAAACCUGUUUUUGCCUUGUCAUUAUGGGGUAUUGUGUGUAGAUUGAUGAGGAUUUAAAAAGCUGUAACGUAACAAACGUGGGAAAAGUCAAGGGGUCUGAAUACUUUACUGAGCUAUUUUCCUAAAGCUUAUUGUUAUUUGAUGUGUGUCAGACUAAUUUAAAGAGCUGGGAUAUUUAUUGCCACAACAGACCUUAUUUUGAUUGCACUUUUGGCCAUGUUAAAAAGACAGACACAAUAGUACUGUUGUGUUUAGCCCAACAUGCUUCCCUAUGAAUAAAGACCAUAUCUAAAGUAACAAGUGAACAAUGCACUGGAUUUGAAUGAGUAUCACAUUGUUAUAGUUAGCCCAUAUUAUGUAAUAAGAAUUACUGUAGCUAGUGUGGUUGUAAUUGAAAAAUGUCCUUGAAUGUGUUUGCUAUUACACACCUGUAUGCCCCUUGUUAGAUUUAGCUUUCACAAUCAUGUCCUGUCAUUGUUUAUACUGUGUACUUGCAAUAAAAAAAAAAUACAUUCUUGGCU